AUACCACCAAAGUCAGCUAUCUCAUCAAAAACUGCAGUGGAGCAAGAAGGUAGGAUUCUUCUUGCCAUUAAAGCCAUUCAAAAAAAUCAAGUCGCCAGUAUUCGUGAGGCUGCACACGUUUUUAAUAUUCCUCGAACCACCCUUCGCGCUCGUUUAACUGGACGAGGCUUUGUCAAAGAUAUGACCAACGCGCGUCAAAAGUUAUUAAAAAAUGAAGAAGAAGCACUUAUUAAAUAAAUCUUAUCUUUAGAUAAGCGAGACGCACCUCCACGUCCGCUUGAAAUCAGAAAUAUGACUAAUUUAAUACUCUCUAAGCAAGAUCAUUCAACAUCCGAGGAAGUAGAUUCCAACUGGGCUUAUAACUUUAUUAAACGCCACGAGUCCCUCCGAACCCAAUUCACUAGACGAUACAACUAUCAAAAAGCUAAAAUAAAGGAUCCUGAGAUUAUAAAAGACUAGUUCAAUCGGGUCCAGAAGAUCAUACAAGAGUAUAGAAUCUCAUCAGAUAAUAUAUAUAAUCUUAAUAAAACGGAGUUUGCUAUAGGACUGAUUACUACUACUAAGAUAGUAACUAAUUCCCAAAAAGCUGGUCGACCAUCCCUGAUUCAACCAGGAAACCGGGAAUGGAUCACUUUAAUUAAGUAUAUUCAGUCUAAUAGAAAGAUUUUACCUCCAACCCUAAUUUUCAAGGGUAAAACGCAUCUCCAAGCAUAAUACGAAGAUCAAACUAUUCCCUCUACCUGGAGGAUUGAAGUCAGUGAUAACAAUUAGACAACUGAUAUCAUUGGACUUCGAUGGCUUCAAAAACACUUUAUUCCAUUAAUUAAAAGCAAAUCAAUAGACAAAUACAGCCUCCUAGUCCUUGACAGCCACGGUAGCCAUCUAACUCCUGAGUUUAAUCAAACCUGUGCUAAAAAUAAGAUUAUUCCUAUUUGCAUGCCUGCUCAUUCAUCACACCUGCUUCAACCUCUUGAUGUUGGCUGUUUUAGUAUACUUAAACGCGCGUAUAGUGGAUUGGUUGAAAGACAAGCACGCUACGGCCGGAAUUAUAUCAAUAAGCUUAACUUCCUAGAAGUCUAUCCUAAAGCCCACCAGCAAGCUUUAACAACAUCAAAUAUCAUCAGCAGAUUUAGAGCAACGAGUCUAGUUCCUCUGGAUCCUGAUCAAGUGCUUCAUCAGCUGAAUAUUCGCUUGAAAACACCACCAACCCCGGACAGCCAGUCAAGUGGCUCAAUGCUUCAAACACCAUAUAAUAUAAAGCAUCUUGCAAAGCAUCAAAAUACUGUAGAACAUCUACUUCAAAAGCGUCAAGCAAGUCCAACUUCACCUACACACUCUACACUACAGCAGCUUCUUAAGGGGUGCGAGCUUGCAAUAACAAAUUCAAUCCUACUAGCCAAGGAGAAUGAGGAACUACGCGCUAGUCAUAAAAAACAGCUUCAAAAAAAAAAGCGCUCCAAGAAGCAGGUGGUCUAUAAGAAAGAUACCACCAUUGAAAACGCUCAGCAAGCUAUACAACAUGAAGAGAUCCAAUAUGGUCAAGAUAUGAAGAUUAGUAGUAAAAUUAAGCAGGCAUCUCAACCUACGGAGACCCCCUCGCGGGCGCCUCCACGGUGCAGUAAUUGCUUCAUUAUUAGUCAUAAACGGACGCACUGUCCUAAACCGCCUAGUAAUUAG